GGGCAUUUCUGGAAUUUCGAGCUCUGUUUCUCAUAUUUAAAGUCCAGUCUCUGAAGGAGAGGAGAGACAUUGAAAAAGGAAAACAGAGGAGAGCAAAUUUUGAAACAUCCGUAAGAAAAAGUUAAGUUUUCAAAAACAAAAGGGAAAGCUGAGAGGAAAUGGGGGAUGCUGUUGUGUUUGUUGAUGAUUUAUCAUCGAAUUAUUCAAUUUCACACUGUAGAAUUUGCCAUGACGAAGAAUUUGAAAGCUUUAAGAGCUUGGAAGCUCCUUGCGCUUGUUCUGGCACUGUUAAGUUUGCACAUAGAGAUUGUAUACAGAGAUGGUGUAACGAGAAGGGAAACACAACCUGUGAAAUUUGUCUUCAGGACUAUGGACCAGGAUACACGGUAACAGUAACAGCACCUUCAAAGAAGUCUCAGCUGAUUGAAGCUGCAGUAACCAUCAGAGAUAGCCUACAAAUUCCAAGAAGAGAGCUUGAGCCACAGCACCAAAGGUUGGUGGCCUUAGCCGAAGGAAUGAACGUCGAGAAUGACUUCUCUCAAUGUACUUCUGCUGCUGACAGAGGCGCCUCUUGCUGCCGAUCACUGGCCCUCACUUUUACUGCGGUCUUGCUCGUCAAACAUCUCUUUGCAGUGCUCAAUGGCGAAACUGAUCAUUACCCAUUUGCACUCCUUACCAUACUCUUUUUAAGAGCUACUGGAAUUUUACUCCCAAUGUAUAUAUUGGUUCGGACAAUUACAGCUGUUCAAAACAGCAUUAGGCGACAUUAUCAUGAGUCUGACGAGGAGACCUCCAACUCUGACGAUGAAGACGAUGUUGAGCAGCAACAGCAACUCCACACCAACUGACUCUCUUACUGUAUUAUCUCUAAUUACUUCCAUUUGUAUCUGAGCAUUACACUGAUGCUCAUCUUGUCUCCAAUUUUUUGGCAUGAAUUGAAAAAUCAUAAAUAGUGCUUUUGCCUACAGAUUGAUGAGGCAGCUUACUUUUUAAAAAUGGAGGAUUAUUAACAGAUUUUACUUUCUA